UUUUCACCUUGACCUCCGUCCUGGUGUCCCAUUCCUGAACAUAUUCACCCCGUAUAUACACCAAAGCUGAUCUACUGUUACGUCCUGUUCUUCGAAUCCACACCAUGGUCGGACCGACAGCCUCCCUUACUCCUCUCUCUCGCGCCGAUGGUUCGGCUUCUUACCAAUGUCCUUCGACCGGAUCUAAUAUCCUCGGAUCGGUAAAUGCGCCAAUUGAGCUCCCUGGACGCCGUGAUGCCCUCAAGCCGGAGGAUGCGACCGUGGAAGUUUUCGUGAAGCCGGGGACCGCACCGGGUGGGGUUGGCGAACGAUACGUCGAAGGAAUCAUCAAGAAUAUGCUGAGCAAGUUGAUCCUGGGACGAGAGAAAGGCUACGCUAGACGUGGCGUUGUCAUCACCUUGGCUAUUGUGGGCGGAGAGAGUGUCGGUAGAGGCGAUUCGUACUUGACUUUGCUCCCCGCCCUCCUUCACACGUCGUUGUUGGCGCUACUUUCUGCCUCCGUUCCUUUAUCCAUGACCUACUCCGCGACCGUUCUGGCGGUCGAUGCCUCGGGAGAGAUUACGAGGGAACCCUCCGUGAAGGAAGCCGCCGCCGCCGCCUCUGUUCACGUUUUCGCCUUCUCAUCCAAUGGACAUCUCCUACUCAACGAGAGUCAGGGAUCUUUUGACUUUGAGACCUGGGAAAAGGUACACCAGCGCGCUUUGGCCAUCUGCCAUGGCACUUUAGCCCGUACCUCCGACGGAGACGUGGCUAUGGCCGAGGACGUGGAUGGCCAACCCCUGGAAGGCGCGUUGCGCGAGGCUAUGGAAGAAAAAAUCCAGCAAGAUUACGCCUGGAAGAUCGACGCGGCCUGAAUGUUGGCUUCGCAGAAAAGCACCGAGCAAUAAAGUUGGCACUGAUAGCCAACGGCAAUGUUCACCCCAUCUGGUAUGUCAGCGUACCCACGGCGGUUGAUGCACCGGAAGUCUCCCACAAUCAGUUCCACUUCUCGCCAUGGCCAACUCCCCUUGGCAUCUGACUGGCGUGUUGGAUCGCACAUACGCGGGGCAUUUUACCGUCCGCAGAGAUAUCAUUGGCGCUCACAGGAUUUCCAAUUUGACGGACUACGAGUGGAUACGAAGGCAUGAGAUACGAAUGAGGGUCAAGCAUCGAUACGCGUGAGACCUGUUCUGGCGACAUCCGGUGUUUAUCGGGGUUCACCUACAGACACUACUGCACACAAAUCCAUCUGGUGUAUUUACACACGUACGACGCUAAGGAAGUUGUCCAACUAAACCACAUGAUAAAGCCAUGUCGAGUGGGUCAUACCUAAUUGACAUGUUGUCUGCGUUGAGUUUGUUUGGUGUAAGUCUGGACCCUGUAUUUCGUAAAUACCCGUUCUCAAGCGUAGCGGCUGUAGGAGUUUCAUCCUCUCCAACGUGAGUUGGAAAAGAGUCAGGGUCGAAAAAAAGGGAGAAAAAGAGAAAAUUUUUUUUAAAAAAAAAUGUUAAAAAAAAUAGAGAGAGAGAGAGAGAGAGGAAGGAAUGGGAAAUAUUCCGCCAAUUAUUGACCAGGAUGCACGGAGCUGAAGUGACGC